CCGUCUGCCUUUGGUAUUUCAGUAAACAAUCUCCACUUAUGUGUAAUUAUCAACUUAAACUUGUUGACAAAACCUUAUCUAUAGUUUUCCUGUUACAAGGCAGAAAACGUUUGUUUAUAUACAUAGGUAUACAUCACUUAUCGCAGUAAUAUUGCAAGGGAUCAGACAUAGUCCACUUGGCUGUCCGUCAACAUUCCACGUGACUGACCAUCAACACUACAAAGUACAAACCUACCGUCAUAACGCAGAUCACGGAUAUGGGAGGUACUGAAGCUGGUCCAACUCCAGUUUAAAUCAUUUCCGAGGAUUAAUAGGAUCUGUUCUGUGAAAUCUCACGGUUUUAACAUUUUUUCUUUAAAUAUUUGGAGAAUUCCUGGUGCGUUACUAAUGCCGGAUUUCGAUAAUUUAUUUUAAAAAUUCAUCGAAGAAAUCUUCUUUGAAUUAUGACUUCGAAACAAAUGAAUCAAAUUAAAAUAUUAACUAUAAUGUGCCGUGUUUGGAUGGACCAUUAUAUUAAUUUUUCUGUGACGUGUUGGAUGUGAGCCAUUAGCUUAGCUACGGUAUCACAUGUAAUUUGUACACAAACUUUGAGACAUCUAUAGUUGAGUAAACUGUUGGUAAGUCUUGAGUGAAACUUAGAUAAAUACUAGCCAUUAAAAAUAGAGGAAAACAGCCGUCAUAGCAACAUGGAAUCGAACGUGACGUCAGACGAAAUACUACUUGAGGAGGCAAAUAAGGAAAAAGUCUUGGUUCUACUUCCGGUUAUCAUUACCGUCUUCGUCAUCAUGAUCCUGGGAACUCUUGGUAACUCUCUCGUCUGCUAUGUCUACUACUUCCGGAUGCGCAAGACACCGUCGCACUACUUUGUUUUGUUCCUGGCAGUCCUGGACUUGGUUUCCUGCUGUAUCGGCAUGCCUGCCGAGUUGGGGGAUCUAUUUCUCCCAAAUCAAUUCAAUUCACCAUUUGCAUGCAAGUUUCUUCGUUUCGUGUUAUCCUUUACGAUAAUAUCGUCUUGUAUAACCCUGAUAUGUGUGGCCUUUGACAGAUAUUAUAAAGUGUGCAAACCCCUCAAAGGAUUCCCGAUAAGGAAAGUCCAAAUUCUGUGCGGCGUGGCAAUCGCGAUCGGCGCCCUUUUAUCAUGGCCAGCUCUCGCUAUAUUUGGGAUAAAAACAGUGGAGACGACACAUCCAGGUUUAUACGGUACAGAGUGCUCAACGUCAGACGACAUGGGAGGAACCGUAUUCCCACUGAUCUAUUACGUCACUCUCAUCACGGCAUUUGUGGUGACGUUUGCGAUAUUUACGACGUUAUACGUCAGGAUAGGCAUGGAAAUUAAUCGGCGCAAAAAUAAUCCAAUUGGCGAGAGAGGACCCCCAGUUUCACGGGAAACUUUGAGAAGACGAGAAUUAACCACGUCGAUUCUUUCAGACGAGGAGUCAACGUCUGCGGAACCAUGUUCUGACGAAGAAACUACACGCGACCUGCGCGCGAAUCGCAGCAGUUUUUCUCAUCUGCGGGACUAUAUUGUGCACCAUUUCCGGUCUGACGUAAAUAACGACUUGAAAAGCUCAGACCAUCAAAUUGAUAGCAAUAUUACCAGUGCUAUCCCCGAACGCCGGAAGAAAAAGUCAAUGUACCGGAGCGUCAGAACAACAUACAUAUUCUUAGCAGUUUUCAUCGCAUUUCUAAUUAGCUUUCUGCCAUAUUUAAUAGUCAACAUACUCAAACAUACAAAAACUGUACUUCACGAAUUCAACUCCGAUACAGAGGAAGUGGUUUAUAAUCUAUGUGUGAGGUCUUUUUUCAUCAGUAAUUUCAUCAACCCUAUCAUUUACAGUUUAUUGAACAAAAAAUUCCAGAAGGAAUGCAAGACAUUAUUCAAACGAUACUGCUGUCGGUGCUGUGUUAGAAGGCAGAUGUCCGCUGUAACCAACCGGCGAUGAGUGACACAUGCUCCACGCACAGGGACCGGAGAAUUAGUUGCAGCUAUAUUUGGACCUAAACUAAGGUGUUAAGAGAGUAAUUUGACAUGUUUUAGGGGUUUAAAUAAACUUUCGG